UCUCCUCCUUCUCCUGCCGGUGUUUCCGUGCGUGGCGCCCAUUGGCUGCCGGCACCCGUCCCCCGGUGCCGCCGCUCCGCUCCCUCUGCCCGAGCCCCGCAGAUGGCGGGGGCAGCGAGGGGGACAGACCCUCCGGCGUGGGGCUGAGGGACCGCGCAGCCCCGGCCAGCCGCCCACGGGCACGGCCGUGGGCCCCGCUCCCACGCCAGCCAGGGAGUGGGCGAUGGGCAACUGCGGGAAGAAGCACUCGCGUCUCCGGUAGAGCACGGUGGGCGCGUUGCCUCCGGGACCGCUCUGCUCUACUGCUCUUAAGAAAGGGGAAGGGGAAAAACAUGACACGGAUUCUCCCGGUGAAGCAGAGGAAAAUGUACAUCCCGACGACAUGUAAGUACCCGGCGGCUCUGCCCGCGUUUCCCAGAUGACACCCGUGGGCGUGAGUCCAUGCAGAAGUUAACUCUGCAGUCCCAGAGAAGGAAACCUGCCGACCUCCCCCUCCGGCUCCCCACCCUCCAAUUCUGCCAGUCCAUCCUGGUCCGUACCAGGUAGCUCAGCCUCAAGCUUCUCACCCAGUGUUAGCAGCGACCUCGUGGUGAAUGGAGAACUUGUUUGCUCAAGGCUCUCUCUAAGUGAGCCGAGCGCUGUUUCCAUGCCAAACCCUGACGUGAUGGGCAAUUGGGCACCUCAGAUUAGGAAGGCUGGGAUGCUGCUUUGGUGUUGCAAACAGAUUGCUAACUGAUCCUGCGAGGACACUGCCUCCUGCCCUCUUUCCUGCCUCUGCUAUGAACACUUCUGCUUUCAGCCUCCCCACACCGGCAGUGUCGGAGGAGGGGAAUGCCUCUAGCAGCUGGGAAGGCUUCACCACCCCCAACAGCUCCGCCACCGUCAGCCCUGGUGUAGUUGUCAGCGGUGUCCUCAUCCCUGUGGUCUACCUCAUUGUCUGUGUGGUGGGGCUGGCUGGAAAUUCUCUGGUCAUUUAUGUGGUCCUGCGGCACUCUGUGAGUGAGUCGGUGACCAAUGUCUACAUCCUGAACCUGGCCCUAGCUGAUGAGCUCUUCAUGCUGGGCCUGCCAUUCCUGGCUGCGCAAAAUGCCCUCUCCUACUGGCCGUUUGGUUCUUUCAUGUGCCGCCUGGUGAUGGCCGUGGAUGCCAUCAACCAGUUCACCAGCAUCUUCUGCCUGACGGUGAUGAGUGUUGAUCGCUACUUGGCAGUGGUCCACCCAGGGAAGUCCUCCAAAUGGCGAACAGCACGAGUGGCCAAGGCUGUGAGUGCAACGGUGUGGGUGCUGUCUUCCAUAGUGGUGCUGCCCGUGGUUGUCUUCUCAGACGUCCCUUUAGGGAUGAGUACGUGCCACAUCCAGUGGCCAGAGCCAGCCUCGGUGUGGAGAGCUGGCUUUAUCAUCUACACUGCUACACUGGGCUUCUUUGGACCACUGCUGGUGAUUUGUCUCUGCUAUCUUCUGAUUGUUGUGAAGGUUCGUUCCUCUGGCAGGCGGGUGAGGGCUCUGUCCUCCAAGCACAAGCUUUCAGAGCGCAGAGUGACCCGCAUGGUGGUGACUGUUGUGGCUGUCUUUGUCCUUUGCUGGCUCCCCUUCUAUGUCCUCAACAUAAUCAAUGUUGUUUGCCCACUGCCAGAGGAGCCGUCCCUCUUUGGUGUCUACUUCCUUGUGGUGGUGCUGCCGUAUGCCAAUAGCUGUGCCAAUCCUAUCAUCUAUGGCUUCCUCUCCUACCGCUUCAAGCAGGGCUUCCAGAGGGCCAUCUUCAGGCCAUCCCGCCGAGUCCAAAGCCAGGAGGUGCCAGCAGGCCCCCCAGAGAAGACUGAUGAUGAAGGAGAAGAGGGCGAGAUCAGCAAGAUCACCCAGAAUGGAAAUGGCAGGCAGGAGCGCCCUCUAAGCAGUGGAGAAGGAGAGAGCAAUGAGCAAAAACCACUCCCUGAGCAGCCUGUGGGAUGUGAAAAGAGCAACAAGUUGCAUGUCAGUUAUUUGUGAUGAAAGGGAUGGUGUAGGGGAAAGAGACAUUGGAAUAUGAGGCCCCCUUCACCUUGUCUGCUUUUCAACCUCAAAGGCAAUGGGAGACAAAGGCAUAUUAAAGUCCAAGAGUCUGUUUAAAGAUGAAGAGGGCUCCAUGAACUUG